CGGGGGCAGUAAUGAGCGCUCAAUGCAUUUAGUAAAGUUAAAAGAAGAAGACGAAUGUCCUCUGCUGCGGAGAUCUCAAACAUGGGCUCGAAAGUUACACGCAUGAUCAGAAACUUUAAUGUAGAAAAUCGCGCUCUCCGGGAAAUAAGCAAGGCAAAACCUAAAGCUGCACCACGACAUCCGUCAUCGAGCAAUUUUCCACAAGAAGACAUUCCUGCCACCAGCAUUUCAGAAGAGAUUUGCCAGAGGAAUGAUCCACUGCUGUCAAUGCUCAAGGACGUUUAUGUGGAGUCUAAAGAUCCUGUUUCUCAGGCUGAAGCAGUUCCGGUGGUUAAGAAGAUCAAGCAGGAGAUGCCACGCAGGGAGCUAAAGUACAGUCUGCCGGGAGACUCCUAUGGUUUCCUCGACGUCACUGAUGUUCCCAAAGGCAAACUGUCGCUUGUGGAAGCUUUAACUGCCCUGAACAAUCACAAACGCAUGCCUAAAAUAUGGACUCCAGAGAAGCUGGCACAGGAGUACUCUUUGGACCUAAAAGAUGCCAAAGCGCUGACCGAUUUCUUUUUUCCUUUUGAUGUCAAAAUCAUUCCACCCCAAACAGAGAAGACUAAGCAGAUUCAGGAUUCUUCGCACAUAUGAACACCCGAGCCGUCUCUGAAACACGCACAGCUUCGGAAUGCAAUGUUUUGACAUGUUGAUUGUAGUGUGUUUGUAUUAUUUGUUUUUGAAGGGCCUGUCAUAACUUAUUUAUUAAUUUGUUAUUUUAUUGAGACGUUAACCAAGAUAAGGUAAUAUAAACAUUAAUGGACUAGAGAGGAAAUCUUAUGUCAAAUCAGAUCCAUUUCUAGUGUAAAACAUCAGUACAUAUUAUAGUUCUCAGGACUCAGAAACGCUGCAUUAUAUUUGUUUGAACACUGUUGCUUCUGGCAAUGCAUCUGUAUUCACUGACAAUAAAUCAGUUGCCCAUGCA